GCAGCGGGGCUCGGCGGCGGGCGGGCGACACGGCCGCGGCCGGGUGACACCGCGGCGGCAGGUGCCACCGCCAGGUUGGGUGACGUGACGCCAGCGCUCGCCACACACCGGGUGAUGCAGGCAGCCACACCGGUGACACCAGCUGACGCCGCCACGCCGGGUGACACGCUCACACUGGGUGAGACCAGUGCGCCGGGUGACACCGCCGGGGUGGCACGCCGGAGGAAAGGGCCAAGCCGGCGCCCGCGGCUGCCUGGCCGUGCUCCAGCUCCGUAGUAGCAGCCGGCACCCUGCCCUCACCCCAACGCUCCUGCAUCCCGAGCAGGCUCCCCACACCGCUCCCAAAGGCGACGCUGCCGGUGCCGAGCCGAGGACAGCCCCGCCACGCGUCCUCAUCACCGCAGGGCCCAUGGCCUGGGGAUCCCGGCAGGGCUGAGCGAAACCUGCCUCCUCCGGGAGAUGCCGGGGCCCCCACGGAGCUGCCGAAGAUGCAACUUUCUGCUGCAUCGAAGCCUCUCUGCCUUCAUUAUGUAACGGCGCUGCUGCCUGGCACGGUGCUCGCCUCCACGUCCUGCACAACUUCAGUGUGAUGUGGAAUUGAUUUCCACUCUUCUGGACUGGCGCCGCUGUUUAUUAUUAGCUGACGGGUCUUUUCUUGGAUCUCGGGCCAGGGGUGCUUUAUGCAACUACCCAUCUCGGCACGGGGACGCCGCGCUGCGCGCAGACAGGCUGGAAGGGUGACGGCACCGACCGGUCCCGGCCGUACAGCGUCCGCUGGGAGCGGUGCCGGCGUUUGGGGCCCUGCUCUGCCACCGCUGGCACAACCCCUGCGGAAGAGCCUUCCUCCAGCGCUGCCUUUCAGGAUGAUCGGCCCAGGAGCGCCAGCGGAGACCCUCCAGGCACAUCGCUGCUGACCCACAGCGCCGGGACCCCCGGGCAGCCUGGCCGCCCGCCUCCCCGGGAGCUGCCGUCAGCCGCUGCCAAUGCAGAGCCCCCGGGUGCGCAGGGGAGAGCCACAGCUCCACUUCCCCAUGGCAGCCCCUUCCCCUCGCGCCCUGGCCCAGCUGCAUGGUGUGGGUGCCCCUGAGGACCACGAGGACUGACCGCCGGGCCCCCCUGCGCGCACCCGCCACCCGCUGCACCACCAUGUCUUUGGAGUGGCUGAUGGAUUGGAGCUGGUCCCUGGAUGGCCUCCGGGAUUUCAUCGCCACUGGCAUCCAGUCUUUCCGGGACUGCGACGCCACCGCCCUGGCCGCCGUCGCCUGCCUCCUGGUCCUCUUCGUGUGGUACUGCUACCACGUGGGGCGGGAGCAGCCCCGCGCCUACGCCACCGUCAACGCCCUGAUGCAGAGCGCCGAGGCCAACGGCGUGCAGAACGGGUACGUCUACUGCCACUCGCCCGAGUGCGUGCGCUGCACGCACCACGACGGGCUCAACCAGAAACUCUACCACAACCUGCAGGAGUACGCCAAGCGCUACUCCUGGUCCGGCAUGGGCAGGAUCCACAAGGGCAUCCGCGAGCAGGGCCGCUACCUCAACAGCCGGCCGUCCAUCCAGAAGCCAGAAGUCUUCUUCUUGCCGGACUUGCCGACCAUGCCCUAUUUCUCCCGGGACGCUCAAAAGCACGACGUGGAGUUGCUGGAACGCAACUUCCAGACCAUCCUGUGCGAGUUUGAGACCCUCUACAAAGCUUUCUCAAACUGCAGCCUCCCGCAAGGAUGGAAAAUGAACAGCACGCCCAGCGGGGAGUGGUUCACCUUCUACCUGGUGAACCAGGGCAUGUGCGUGCCCAGGAACUGCAGGAGAUGCCCACGGACGUACCGCUUGCUCGGCAGCCUUCGCACCUGCAUUGGCAACAAUGUCUUUGGGAAUGCAUGCAUCUCCGUGCUCAGCCCGGGCACCGUCAUCGCCGAGCACUACGGACCCACCAACAUCCGCAUCCGCUGCCAUCUAGGUCUGAAGACGCCCAGCAACUGCGAGCUGGUGGUGGGGGGCGAACCCCAGUGCUGGGCUGAGGGUCGCUGCCUGCUCUUCGACGACUCCUUCCUGCACACGGCGUUCCACGAAGGUCCCCCGGAGGAGGGUCCCCGCGUGGUCUUCAUGGUGGACCUGUGGCACCCCAACGUGGCUGCUGCCGAGCGCCAAGCCCUCGACUUUAUCUUCGCCCCGGGACGAUGACGGCGCUGCCCGGUGUCGUGGGUUCGAG